CUCACCUUCUGUGCCUGGUGGCACUGCCAGGGGCUCAGAGCCCUGCUGGUACCAGCUGCAAUCUCCCCCACGCUGCUUCUCCAGCCUGCGCUGCUGCGUGGAGACGUGUGGGGCAGGGACAGCUGCCUGGCCAGCGUCUCCUUGGGGAGCCCCGUGUCCCCGCCUCGCCCGGCCAGCCCUGGAAAACCCCGGCCCUGGAAAUAGCGACUUAGGUGUCCAGCCACUUCUUCCCAAGGAUCCUGGCUCUCCUUCCCCUGGCACCUCGGACAGCCCCAGUCAUGGGGCCUGACCCCCAGCCUGCAGCCGUGGGGCCUGACAGCCCACCCCAGCCCACAGCUGUGGGGCCUGACAGCUCACCCUAGCCCCCAGCCCUGGGGCCUGACAGCCCUCCCCAUCCCGCAGCCGUAGGGACUCCUCAGAUGGGGCAUGUGUCACAGAGUCAGCUCCUUCCCUGGGGGGGGGGGUGAGGGGGCUGGGAUGGUAUAGCAGGCAAGAGCUUGGGUUUGAACGAGGGACCCCAACUUGCUGCCUGGCCCAGCUCCCCCCAGAGGGCUCUGGACAGCAAUAGGGGGUGAGGGAACCCAGCCCAAGGGCUACGUGCCCCACAUUUGGGGUGGGCCGUUCCCAGAGGCUCUGUCAGAAAGUGGCUGACUGUGAGGUGGGCCUGGGGGCUCAACCCACUGGUCUGCGGGAAGGGGCGCUGGGGGCAGCUGGGCAGUGGCGGAGGCUGCAGCUGGCAGGGGUGAUGCAGUGAGGCAAGGGAGGGCAGAGCCGUCCAGGGAAGGGUCUGGGCUGAGCUGGUUCCAGGCAUCUGGGUGCGUCUGGGCAGCUGCUUCUUGUGGUGUCCACGUCACAGGUGAAGGUGCCUGUCCGUCCUUUGGGGGAGCUGCCCUUGGCACCCCAGCUCAGCAGGUGCGUGGAAAGGGCAAGUGCAUUCCUAAGUACCCAGAGACUGGCAGCAGGUCUGGGAGCCUGGCCACACAGUGCCCUCUGCCCUGCUGCGUGCUGGGCUCCCCAGGAUGCACCCCAGCCUGCUCCAAAGACGCCCAUGGGCUGGCAUGAGGGCAGAGGCUGGGCCUGGGCAGGCAUCAUGGGCCUUCAGGGAAAUGAUGGGGACUUUCGCUGAGUCUGGCUUGGGGAGCACCCUGGGUGUGCUCAGCCCAGCCCUAGCCUCAUUCAGCCCCCUGGGCAGCACCGCUGGAGACACCCAGCAGCCCUGGGGCUGCUGCUGCUGCGGUGUGCCCAGGAAAGGGCCCAGCACGAGCCCUGACCAUCCGCUCCCCUGCACCCUGUGCAGGGCAAGGGCUGAAGCCGGCUGGGGCAGGGGAGGGGAAGGUCCUUGGCAGUCAGUCAGGCCCAGGGAGGAGCUCCCAUGAUGAGGGCUGGGUGAGUAACCCAUGUGAGGGCCAGUCAUCAGUCGUCACCUUCCUUCUCAGCUCCUGCCAGUCAUGUGUCUGCACCUCAUGGGACAAUAAAUCCUGGAGAGGAUGUUACAUCCUGCAGAUGGGACUGUCUGGUCGCAGGGUCAGUGGCAGCUGGGCGCGGGGAUCGGCAGAACUGGGUGAUGCUGCCCCCACAUUUCAUUCUGAGCCCGAGUGAGAAAGAGAAGGGUUAACGUGCCCGGGCACCAGCCACUCGGCCUGCACCAUGAGCCGCUGCCAGGUUUCCUCCAGGAUUCACCACGUUGUCUCCUCUGCCUUCGAGAAUCCGGAGGCGGACGCCCUGGGCCCCGGCUCGCCCGCGGCGGUGGAGGAGGAGGAGACGGACCUGAACAAGACGCUGGGGGUGGAGCGCUUCGAGGUGAUCCUGCACGACUCGCACCCGCGCAACGGGGAGGAGGCCGGCCGCAGCUACGGCGAGGAGGAUUUUGAGUAUCACCGCCAGUCGUCCCACCACAUCCACCACCCCCUCUCCACACACCUGCCCCCUGACACCCGCAGGAAGAAGGGGGGGCAGAAGGGCAAGAAGAAGCAGCGCCGGGCGUCCGUUCCAGGAGAGACCCCCACCAUCGAGGAGGCAGAGGAGGAUGAGGAUGAGACCUGCGACACAGAGGCAGAGCGGUCGGCCGAGGAGCUGCCCGGGGGGAUCCAGUUCUUCUUGCAGGAGGACGAGGCUGCUGAGCGCUGCCCAGAGGAGCCCACGACCCCAACGUCUCUGCCAAGCUCCCCCAUGGAGCUGGGGGGGGCUGCAGCUACGGAACCCAAGGGGACUGGCCCCAGGGCCGAGGAGGAGCAUGGGCCUGACGGGCCCAGUGCAGAUGAGCCCAGCUGCCCAGGCCGCCCCAUUCCCAAGUCUCAGCCAGGGCACCGGAGCUACAACCUGAACGAGAGGCGGCGCAUCGGCAGCAUGACGGGGGUGGAGCAGGCCCAGUACCAGAAGGUGCCCACGGAUGAAUCGGAGGCCCAAACGCUGGCCUCGGCUGACCUGGACUACAUGAAGAGCCACAGGUUUGAGGACGUGCCUGGGGUCCGACGGCACCUGGUCCGCAAGGGUGCCAAGGGCCAAGUCGUGCACGUCAGCAAAGACCACACAGAGCCGAGCGCCCGGCUCAGGAAACACAACCGGCAGCCGCACGAGGUCUUCGUGGAGCUGAACGAGCUGGUGGUGGACAAGAACCAGGAGCUGCAGUGGAAGGAGACAGCGCGCUGGAUUAAGUUUGAGGAGGAUGUGGAGGAGGAGACCGAUCGCUGGGGGAAGCCCCAUGUGGCCUCCCUGAGCUUCCGCAGCCUGCUGGAGCUGCGCAAGACCCUCUCCCAUGGGGCCGUGCUGCUGGACCUGGACCAGAAGACGCUGCCAGGGGUGGCACACCAGGUGGUGGAGCAGAUGAUCAUCUCGGACCAGAUCCGGGCCGAGGACCGCGCCAAUGUGCUGCGGGCGCUGCUGCUAAAGCACAGCCACCCGAGCGACGAGAAGGAUUUCUUCCCCCGCAACAUCUCAGCUGGCAGCCUGGGCUCCCUGCUGGUGCAUCACCACAGCGCCAACCAUGUGGGCGAGGGCGGCGAGCCCGCGGUCACCGAGCCCCUCAUUGGCACCCACGCUGCCGAACACGAGGCCAGGGUCGAGGUGGAGCGGGAGCGAGAGAGCCUGAGCUCGGCCCCCCCAGCUGCCAUCACACGGUCGAAGUCGAAGCACGAGCUGAAGCUGCUGGAGAAGAUCCCGGACAACGCGGAGGCCACGGUGGUGCUUGUGGGCUGCGUGGAGUUCCUGGACCAGCCCACCAUGGCCUUCGUGCGGCUGCAGGCGGCCGUGGAGCUGGACUCGGUGCUGGAGGUGCCCAUACCCGUCCGCUUCCUCUUCGUGCUGCUGGGGCCCAGCAGUGCCAACAUGGACUACCACGAGAUCGGGCGCUCCAUCUCCACCCUCAUGUCCGACAAGCAAUUCCAUGAGGCAGCGUAUCUGGCUGACGACCGGUACGACCUGCUGAGCGCCAUCAAUGAGUUCCUGGACUGCAGCGUGGUGCUGCCGCCCUCCGAGGUGCAGGGCGAGGAGCUGCUGCGCACAGUAGCCCACUUCCAGCGCCAGAUGCUCCAGAAGCGUGAGGAGCAGGAGCGCCGGGUGCUGCCAGGCACUGCGCUGGAGCCCAAGUCACCCGCUGAGAAAGCGCUGCUGAAGCUGAAGGUGGUGGAUGAGGAGGCGGAGGAUGAGGACGACCCCCUGCGGCGCACGGGCCGGCCCUUCGGGGGGCUCAUCCGUGACGUGCGCCGACGCUACCCCAAGUACCUGAGUGACUUCAGGGACAGCCUGAACCCCCAGUGCGUCGCCGCCAUCAUCUUCAUCUACUUCGCCGCGCUGUCACCAGCCAUCACCUUCGGGGGGCUGCUGGGGGAGAAGACCCAGGACCUGAUCGGGGUGUCGGAGCUGAUCAUCUCCACGGCCCUGCAGGGCAUCGUCUUCUGCCUGCUGGGCGCCCAGCCGCUGCUCGUCAUUGGCUUCUCCGGGCCCCUGCUCGUCUUCGAAGAAGCGUUUUUCACAUUCUGCACGACCAACGGGCUGGAGUACCUGGUGGGGCGCGUGUGGAUCGGCUUCUGGCUCAUCCUCAUCGUGCUGGUGAUGGUGGCCGUGGAGGGCAGCAUCCUGGUGCGCUUCGUGUCCCGCUUCACCCAGGAGAUCUUCGCCUUCCUCAUCUCCCUCAUCUUCAUCUACGAGACCUUCUCCAAGCUGGCCAAGAUCUUCCAGGAGCACCCCCUGCACGGCUGCGGGCGGGCGAAUGGGACGGGCGCGGAGAAUGGCAGCCUGCCCCUGGGGAACGGGCCGGCGGUGACGGGGCAGCCCAACACGGCCCUGCUCUCGCUGGUGCUCAUGGCCGGCACCUUCUUCAUCGCCUUCUUCCUGCGCAAGUUCAAGAACAGCCGCUUCUUCCCUGGGCGGAUCCGUCGGGUGAUCGGGGACUUCGGGGUGCCCAUCGCCAUCCUCAUCAUGGUGCUGGUGGAUUUCAGCAUCCGGGACACGUACACGCAGAAGCUGAGCGUUCCCAGUGGCUUCUCAGUGACGGCCCCGGAGAAGCGGGGCUGGGUCAUCAACCCCCUGGGCGAGGGCAGCUCCUUCCCCGUCUGGAUGAUGGUGGCCAGUGCCCUGCCGGCCGUGCUGGUCUUCAUCCUCAUCUUCAUGGAGACCCAGAUCACCACGCUGAUCAUUAGUAAGAAGGAACGCAUGCUGCAGAAGGGCUCCGGCUUCCACCUCGACCUGCUGCUCAUCGUGGCCAUGGGCGGCUUCUGCGCCCUCUUCGGGCUGCCCUGGCUGGCGGCCGCCACAGUGCGCUCGGUGACCCACGCCAACGCCUUGACGGUCAUGAGCAAGGCCGUGGCCCCCGGCGACAAGCCCAAGAUCCAGGAGGUGAAGGAGCAGCGCGUCACGGGGCUGCUGGUGGCCCUGCUCGUGGGCCUGUCCAUCGUCAUCGGGGACCUGCUGCGACACAUCCCCCUGGCUGUGCUCUUCGGGAUCUUCCUGUACAUGGGCGUCACCUCGCUGAACGGCAUCCAGUUCUAUGAGCGACUGCACCUGCUGCUCAUGCCCCCCAAGCACCACCCCGAUGUCACCUUCGUCAAAAAGGUGCGCACCCUGCGGAUGCACCUCUUCACGGGCCUGCAGCUGGCGUGCCUGGCCGUGCUCUGGGCCGUCAUGUCCACCGCCGCCUCCCUGGCCUUCCCCUUCAUCCUCAUCCUCACCGUGCCGCUCCGCAUCUGCCUGCUCACCCGCAUCUUCACCGCCCGCGAACUCAACUGGACGCAGAGGAGGCGGAGCCGAUCUUCGACGAGCGGGAAGGGGUGGACGAGUACAACGAGAUGCCGAUGCCUGUGUGAGGGGCACCAGCAAGCGACCCUGAGCAGGGCUGUGGGGCACAGGCAGCCCCCCGGCUGCUGCGCCAUCACCCGGACCUGCGCCAUCUCCAGAUCUGUGGCCACUUGGACUGUGCCCAGCUGGGGCGGGCGCCCAGCACUCCCCCAGUGCCUGUGCCACACCAGCCAUGAGACACUCACUGUCUCGCCCCACCUGCCAAAGGGGCUGUUCAGCGCCCUGCCCUGCGGGGGCCUGCCGCCUGCCCUGGGCAGGGAGUGGGCCGUGCCGCCUGCCCCCCGAACUGCAUCGUGCGCUGGACCCGCUCCCGCAGCAUCGUGUGCCCCCUGGUGGGGUGGGGGGGCUGUCCUCCCUGCUCCAGCCCUGCCCCACCAGCCCUGGGCCCCACCCCGACAAUCAGGUGUUUCCUAAAUUCAGUGGGGUUUUAUUUAAGAGAAUAAUUUAACUGUCAAUAAACAGCUUUCUAAGGAACGUGGGGGGCCUGGCUUGGUGGGGGCUGUGGAGGGGCUCACACAACAGACCUGGAGCCAGCAGCUGCUGCUCAGGUCGGUUUGGUGAACACGUUUGUGCAACAAACCCGUGUGUCACCCCGGCACUAUGUAACCAUCACGGGCCCCAGUCCCACUGGCAGGCUGGGCAGGGCCAUGGUUGGGCAGCAAGCAGCCCAGUGCCACCCCCCCCGGCCAUAAACUAGGCUGGGGCUGGGACAGGGCCAUGGGGCAAAAUCAGGCCUGCACAACACCCCUGAGUACCUCGGGGGACGUGUUACGGGGCAGAGUCGCAUUGUGCUCCCGCUCCUGCCCUGCUGCGAGCCUGGCAGGGCACAGUGCAAGUGGGGCUGGGGAAGCUGCAUCUCCCAGGUAGGGGUCACUUGCUAGGGCCACACCCUGCCCCCCUCAGCCUAGAGCCAGGCUGGCACAUUGCUGGCAGGGCCAGUCCCCUGGCAGGGUGCAGCAGGCAAUACCCCCGCC